AACUUUUCCAAACUACCCAGGUGUGAAAAAACCUGCAUUAUCACCUUCCCAAAAACUCUUGUGCUUAACAGUUUGACAUCGGGUUGAGUUCAGCUAGCUAAAUAACCCUGAUAAAGACUGUUAGGAUGUAGUGUAUAGUAUAUUGGAUGACAUUAAGUCGCUCGUCAAAUUCUGAAGAGCUUUAGGAACUCUGACAUUGUAAGUUGUUUUUUACAUACAUACGUUUGAGAUAUACUCUUCAGAUGUGGGGGAAAUUAAAGUAUGUGGGAUUAUUAUAUUUAUGUUUUAAAUCUUGUGUUGACACAUUUAUGAGUCUGUGUGUCUUGCAGCAUGAAAAGGGCUCUUGUGACAUGCUAGACCACCUGGUGGAACAGAAUAAUCUUAAACCAGCGAUGAAGAAGUAUGGACUGAUCCCUGAAAAAGACAUAAGAUUCAUUAAGGAGAUGAUUGCUGGACCUCUACAGGAAUCUAAAGAGCAGGAGUGGCCGUACAAAGGGCGUAAAGAAGAAAAGUCCUUCCUCUACGAAAUUGUGUCCAACAAAAGAAACGGCGUUGAUGUGGACAAGUUUGACUACUUGGCCAGGGACUCUUCCUACCUGGGAAUCAAGAACAACUUUGACUUUCAUCGCUUCCUGCAGUUUGCCAGAGUGUGUAAGGUUGAUGGCAGGAAAACUAUCUGCACCAGAGACAAGGAGGAGGACAAUAUGUACGACUUGUUCUACACAAGACACCGUCUCCACAAAAGAGCCUAUCAGCACAGAGUAAACAAAGUCAUUGAACAUAUGAUUGCAGAGGCUUUUGUGAAAGCAGACGGUCACAUUGAGAUUGAAGGAUCAGAAGGAUCAGCAGGAUCAGAAGGAACAAUAGGAUCUAAAGGAUCAAGAGGGCUGUUCACUCUCUCUACAGCCUUUAAGAACAUGGAGGCCUACACAAAGCUCACAGACAACGUGUUUGAGGAAAUACUCAACUCUUCCCGUCCUGAGUUACAAGAGGCAAAAAAGAUUCUGCAAGACAUUGUCUCUCGAAAGAUCUACAAGUUUGUUGGUGAGAGAAAGCCAAAGGACCCCAUCGAGGAUUGGAAAAGCCAGAAAUAUGGCUGGAAAAUAGGAUUGGCUCGACCCUUACCUAAUGGAGAAAGCAAACUGAAACUAGAUGACUUUGAAAUCCUGGUCAUUAACAUGGACUACGGCAUGAAAGACGAGAACCCUGUUGAACAUAUGCAUUUCUACAGCAAAUAUGAGCCUGACGUGGCAAAGACAAUGUCCACAGAAAAUGCAUCCAGGAUUCGCACAACGAUCUUUUCUGAGCAGCUGAUCAAGGUCUUCUGUAAGAAGAUUGAUGAACAGAGUGUGGAGGCUGCCAAAAAGCACUUUGAACAGUGGAUGAAGACGAAGCCAAAUCUGGUUGGACCUGAGGUUAAUUUGAGCGAUCCUCCUGCAGUUGACACCAAGGAAAUUACCAAACAACAUGAAUAACACUGAGUAAUAUUCUCAUUCAGACCUAGCACCCAUGUUUUUUCUCGCUUUUAUCAUAUACAUCUGUAUGUACAGCUGUAUCAUUCUUUUAAAAAUUAGUUCCAACAACACACAACAUGUUUUUAUUCUGAGGACAAAGAUACAUCAUGAUAUAUGAUACCACUCUGUACAAUUACGGGGCCUGCAGUCAAUAUGAGACAGUAUCAUUGGCCCAUUUAAUUCACUGUGUUACACUUCUAUCGACUCACACAGAAAACCCAUUCAAAAUUGGAUACUUUUUUUAACAUUAAGGAAAAUAUAUAUCAGUUAUAAAGCCAUAUCUCAAAGAUCACUGGAUCUGGAUCGCUUCUGGGUUUGAAUUUCUGAUCUCUAAACUGAUACAUAGACACACAUAACACUGGAUACUUACACAGCUAGCAGCUGUAUGGCUGUUGAAUACCAUUUAGGUAAAGAAAGCCAUUAUUGAAAUCCAACAAUCAUUGUCUCAAACUGAAUAUAUAAACUGCAUGUUUCUGAAUUGAUUCAGCUUUUGGUCACAUUUAUGCUUCUUUGUAGGUUGUGUAUUCUUUUUGGUCGGGGAAAGAUGUAUAGCACUCCCAACAUGUGUAAUGGAGUGAAUAUUUCACUUGUGGUUUUAUUUAGGGAUUUAUAAUACUCAGUGGUGUUUUAGUUUUGAGGUUAAUCGUUUGAAGAUUGAGGACAUGAGAUUAGAUUAUUUGUCUUUGAGUGGUGUUUAAUGAGAGAUGAUCAUAAGUGAUGUUUUGGUGACUGGUAUUAUCUUAUAUUAUAUUACUUUGUAUCUGCAGCAUUUAUUAUCACUAUUCAAUUUUAAUCUGUUUUAAAAUGAGUCUUAUUUUGGGCAUGUUUUAUAAUGUCAUCUUCUUUUGAGUUUAUGAUUCUUACUUUAAAAACUGGAACUUGUGAAAACCUUUAUUUGCAUCUAAAAACUUGAAAUUGGAAUGAAACAAUAUCUUUUUAAAUGUAUCCAUCAACUACCUUUCUUCGAUUUAUGAUGAAUGUGUUUAAAUGUAUGACACACUUUAAGUGAAGCUAUAAUUGUUUGACGAUUGGUUCUUACAUAAUGCAUCUAUGAGAACCUUUCAAGUGUAUUCCUGUUGUGAUGGGUUCAUAUCUGAUAAAAUCUGCAUAUAUUCAAAAUAAACAUCAGAGAAAAUCCUGAGUUCAA